AUGACUCCGAGUUUUGUGACAAGACUGCCGAGUUUCGAGCGCAACGAGAUAGAGCCGACACUCGCCGUUGUCGCUGUCGGAGAGUCUUCAGAUGAUUCGUCGAAACACGCAUCAGAAGAUACCGCCAAGCGCUAUCAAGUGAUGGAUGCGUUGCCAAAUCAAGGCAUGCAGAACGUUAGUUGUGUGACUCCGGAUGGGGCUCGGCUGUUCGACAUGCUCUUAACACGCACUGCCGUCUUUUGUCCUCGAGAACCUCUUUCUCUGCAUUGUCGAAAAGCGUCAAACUCACCAGAGAGCAACAUGACUUCGAACCACGUUUACGCGAUCGCUCUAUCAAACGCUGCAUCAGCAGAGCCACCGACUUGGGCUAUCUCUGUUCAGCCCAUGAAGCAGAAACGACUUUUCUUCCACGAUCACCCUCACACCUCAGUCUUCUUAUCCAACGAGGCCGAUCACAGCCAACGACGAAACAGCGAUGGCUUCAAGGGUGAGGAACUACUAGUCAAGCUCCUCAUCGGCGAAAACAGCGUCAAGAACAUUGGCGAGAGAGUUCAACAAGUUCUGUCCAAGACCGACAAGGCACAACCCUCUGAAUCAUGGCUUCGCUCCGCAGUUCUCGCCCUGCAAUCAGAAUCUCUAUGCAACAGAUUCGACAUCGACGAUUUCCAACAAAUGGCAAUACAAACGCUGAAAUCACAACAAGCACAUCACGAAACCGUUGCUGUUGAAGUCGACUUUUUAUCUGAACUCGGACGCACGCAAUCAGUGGAGGAAAUGCACGAGACGAGAGAAAAGGCCAUCAAGGAAAAGAAGAAAGAGUCGAGUUACUUUGGCUUCAGGAUCUCGAGACCGCAGAAUAUGCCGCAGAGAGUGAGGAGAGUCAACUCUUGGGAGAGAAAGGAUGAUGCGUAUGGAGGGUUGAUGUGA